UACAUGACGAAACCUUAAUUUGUAAUCGCAUUUCUUGUCAACUGAUUAUCAUAACAUGGGAAAUUCAGCUUUAAUAAAAUCUGUUGCUCACAAUAUCGAAACGGACAGCUCACGUGCCAUCUCGAAGUGAGCAUCGUCGUCAAACGUUGGAGGAGUGCAAAGCUUUGCACCGGCUAACACGUUAGGUAAACAUUGCUAGUAGGCGUACGAUAAGAGGAUAAGCGGAUAAGAGGCACAAGCACCAGAUAACCGGAUAAACGGAUUAACGGAGCACCAUUUAAGCGCCAAAGCUUAACACAAAACGAUAUUCCCGAAAGUAUUUCGUAAUGUCGGAUCUUGGAAGUGGCGAGGAAGGCAUCUCAGGAUCAAAGUAUAAUGCAAGCAAUAUGGAAGGUUCUUCAAGCAGAAAUGAUUUUGAUUCGUCUGCCAAAGCCGUAAGUGCAGUUGAGCAGGAGCUGGCAUCAAAAAUGCUCCAAAUUCAAUCAAAAAGAUUUUAUUUGGAUGUAAAGCAAAAUCGUCGUGGACGGUUCAUUAAGGUGGCCGAGAUUGGCGCAGACGGCAGACGAAGUCAAAUAUAUUUAGCGCUGUCGACGGCAGCCGAGUUCCGUGACCAUCUAUCGUCAUUUAGUGACUACCAUGCUUCUCUAGUUCAUCAAAAUGUAGGCCCUCCGGAGAGUUUGCCCGAGGAUGGCAAAUUGAAGUCAGAGAUGAUGAUUAAGGACAAUCGGAGAUAUUAUUUGGACUUGAAGGAAAAUGCUCGCGGAAGGUUCCUCAGGGUUUCCCAAACAAUAACAAGAGGCGGGCCCAGAUCUCAAAUUGCGCUGCCGGCUCAAGGCAUGAUUGAAUUUCGAGAUGCGCUGACUGAUCUCUUGGAAGAGUUUGGAGCCAAUGAUGGCGGUUUUAAAGGCGAUUUACCGGAAGAGCGUCAUAUGAAAGUGGAUAACAAAAACUUUUACUUUGACAUUGGUCAAAAUAAUCGAGGAGUUUAUAUGCGAAUAAGUGAGGUUAAAAAUAACUUUCGCACUUCCAUAACUAUACCAGAAAAGUGCUGGCUACGAUUUCGCGAUAUAUUUAAUGAUUAUUGCGACAAAAUGAAGAAAUCGCCCGAUUCAAUCACUGCCGAUAAUAUUGUACCGACAUCUACAAAUAGUCUUAAAUAAUUAGCAAGAAGCCCAGAUCUUAGUAGUUAUCAAAGAUGCACACAAUGCUAAAUACAAAACAUAAAGCUUUUUCAAAUUUCUGCGUUCAAGCCUUGGAAUCAAACAAACAAACAACUCAGCUGCUGUUGUUCCCCGAGAGAAAACAAAAAUCAACAAUUGUGCGACGAUAUGUAAAUAGCUUUAUGUAUUAUGCCAGCUGCUAAAAUGAUAUGUGAUUAUUUUUGUUAAAUAUCGUUUCUUGAUAGAAAGAAAUCGAAAAGCUUUUAAAUUAAUUAAAUGUAUCUACUUAUAUGUAUUUAUAUUCAAUUAUAUAAAAGUAGCAUUUAGAAGAUUCAUCUGUAUAUUAGUAUACGUUUUUAACUAUUAUAUUAAUUUAAUUAAAUAACAAAUAGGGCAACGUUUGGUCACACGAGAAAACGAUAUGCUUUAAAUUUUUGAAACAAUUAACCAAUACGCAAUAUUGCAUCCGUUAGAGAGAGAUAUAUCUUUAAUCAGGGAUGUCUUUAUUUAAUAGAUCUUUUAAAUUUUGUUGUGCAGCCUUUUCCCCUCUUUGAUUUAUGAUUAAAUAACCAAUUGUGGAUAUAGAAAAUAUUAAAUAUGUAUUUAAGAGACAUACACGUACAUGGAUGUAUGUAUAUAUAUUAAAUUCUGUUAAAUAUAGCUCUGUACCUUUGAUAUAAUACAAACAAAUAGCGAAAAAUACUACCUUCAUGAUUCACAGGAAUCUGUUCUGUAUUUAGAUAAUAUUUUACUCUGUGAAUAUAUUGUGACCAAUUUGUGCAAUAGAUCAUCAAAUCAGUUGUAACUAUCAGCUUUAUAUUUUAAAUAUAUAUAUACUGUUUUGGGAUCUGGGAUCCGUGAUGCAAAUUUCCCCAAAAAAAACACAACAAUUUCCUUGACUAAUUUUAACAAUUUCACGGUCAUCAUUAAUUGGAUGUCCAUUCGUAGGAUAAAGGAUAAAGCAAUCUGUUACUCGUUAAACUAAUUUGUAGAAAAAAGCCACUCGAGCACGCAUAUGUGUUUGGUAGAUUGAAUAGAUCUAUUAAGUGUGUAAAUUUCGUCAUAGUAUAUAUAUAUAUAUCCAGUUGGCGUAACUUAAAAUGUCAUCGCAAAUAUGAAUGUUACAAAAAUUGUUAAAGCUUUUAGGGAUAUGUUAUAAAUUACAAAAAAAAAUGUCUUUAACUAAUUACUAAAAACGUUUAUAAAACAAAAGUUUCAAUGUGAUCACGUAGAAUAACAACUUAUUAGGUACGAUACAAAAUGCAUAGCAAAUUAAAUAGAAUCCAUAGUAUGUGUGUAUGUAUAUUAAUUUAAACACUUACGUAUAUAUACGCACACAUGCCUAUGUCUAUGUAUUAAAAACAACAACAACAAUUAUAUGAAUAAUAAUAUACGAAAUGCAAACUAGUGUUAUAUGAUUAGUAUCAAAUUUCCGCCUAUUAAAUGGAUAAACUAUAUAAUAUUUAUUAUUGAUAAUGACAACAAAUACGCAAUACAAAAUGCACUCCUACAAUAUGUAUAUGUGUGGGUCACAAAAAAACCCUUUAAUGUACAUACAUAUAUAUAUAUAUAUAUAUAUAGAGUUAAGUCCGCAUGUUCGAAUCUGUUAGCACAGAUUCGCAUAUCGAUGGACCUAUUCUAUUCAGUUGAACUCCAUGUUGAUUAGGCCUCCGGCGCAGCCCAUAAUACAUACAAGUAUAUUCAUUUGCUAAGCUAAAAUGCACACAUAUAAACAACAACAAGAACAACAACAACACCAACAACAAUGAUUAACAGAUACCAUAUGUGACAAAACGAUUAUUUAUAAUACAGUGAAUUUAUCUUUGAUGUUGUUUGGCAUUACAAUUUUAAGAAUUUUGUGAAUGAAGUAUCAAAAUAAAGUUGAAUAAUACAAAAGCUCCAAUGCAAUACUACAAAAACGUAAA